AUGAUGAUCAGAAAUACAGUGACUAAGUCUUCGAAGCGUUCAUUCUCGGUAUUGUCGAGCUUGAAGGCCACAGAACAAAGUAGUAGCAAGACCAAGAGUACCAAGGAAGUAAAAUAUGAGAAUUUAUCGGAGGCUCAACGUGCAUAUCUAAGCCGUGUUAUCCGUGUCGACCAAGCAGGUGAAUUGGGUGCCAACUAUAUCUACGCCGGCCAGUAUUUUAUCCUGGCUAACAAGUAUCCACAUUUAAAGCCAGUACUAAAACAUAUGUGGGAACAAGAGAUUCACCACCAUAACACAUUUAACAACCUACAGAUAAAGAACAGAGUCAGACCAUCAUUGCUGACCCCCUUCUGGAAAGUGGGUGCCUUCGCAAUGGGGGCUGGUACUGCUCUAAUCUCACCAAGAGCUGCAAUGGCAUGUACAGAGGCUGUCGAAACCGUAAUUGGUGGCCACUACAAUGAACAGCUACGUUGUUUAAAUAACCAGUACAACCUAGACAAGAGCGAUAACUCAGGCGUUGGCCAAACCGAAGAAGUUAAGUCCUUAAUAGCUAACAUUAAGCAGUUCAGAGACGACGAACUAGAACAUUUGAAUACCGCCAUCGAACACGACUCUCACCUUGCAGUCCCAUACUAUUUACUGACAGAAUCCAUUAAGGGUAUCUGCAGAGUGGCCAUCUGGGGUGCUGAGAGAAUUUAA